AUGUCUGCUGUUCCCGCCCCCGUGGAGAAGGCUGCCGAGACUGUCUCCAGCACAGUCUCCAACGCCGUCAACGAUGUUGCCGAAACUUUGAGCAAUACCAACCUCAACAGUAACAAGGCCGCCGCCAACGAGGCUGCCUCGGCCAGUGCUGCCGAAGGCCGUCGUCUGUACAUUGGCAACCUGGCCUACGCGACAACUGAGGAGGAGUUGAAGGGCUUCUUCAAGAGCUACCUUGUCGAGUCCGUUUCCAUCCCCAAGAACCCGCGUACCGAUCGCCCUGUCGGUUACGCCUUCGUCGACCUCUCGACCCCUACGGAGGCCGAGCGCGCCAUCGAAGAGCUAUCCGGAAAGGAGAUCUUGGAACGCAAGGUCUCCGUCCAGCUGGCUCGCAAGCCCGAGGCCGCUGCCGACAAGGCUGCUGAAGCUCCCGAGGCCGCUGGUGGCGAGGGCACUCGCCGCCGUGCCUCCGGCCGUGGACGUGGCCGUGGACGCAACGGCCGUGGCGGCCGCAGCGCCCGCGCUGAGGGCGAAGAGAAGAAGGAUGAGACCGCUGAAGGCGCCGCUGCCGCUGGUCCCACCGGUGUUGUAGCCACCGAUGCUCCCCCCGCUGCUACCAACGAGGUUCCACAACCUUUGGCCGAUAUCACCAACGCAAUGAACAAUACUGACACAUCCUCCAAGGCGGCCGCAAACGCCCAGCAGCGCCAGCGCCGUGAGCGUGGCCCUCCUGCUGACGGUGUUCCCUCCAAGACCAAGGUCAUGCUCAUCAAUCUGUUCAAGGACUACCAGCCCACUUCCGCCAAGAUUGCCCUGCGCCCCAUCCCUCGCUUCAUGAUCAAGAAGCUUCAGGCCCGUGGCGAAGCGCGCAAGGGACGUGGUUUCGGCUUCGUCACCCUGGCUUCUGAGGAGCUCCAGCAGAAGGCUGUCGCUGAAAUGAACGCCAAAGACAUUGAGGGUCGCGAGAUCGCUGUCAAGGUGGCCAUUGACUCCCCUGAUAAGACUGACGAGGAGGCCAACACCCCGGCGGACGAGACUACCAAGCAAGAGAACACCAAGCCCGCCGAGCAAAAGGAUGCGGCUGCUGUCCCCGCCGCCGUCGCCGCUCCUACCGUUGUGUAG